UACUAUCAUCACAUCAAUCUUCCAGCACAAACCUUGAGCUUAAUCUUUCUACUAAUUUUUAGCAAAAACAUUCUAAAGGUCAUGGGUGCCCAGAGCCAUUCACUCGAGAUCACUUCUUCAGUCUCCGCAGAGAAAAUAUUCAGCGGCAUUGUCCUUGAUGUUGAUACAGUUAUCCCCAAGGCUGCCCCUGGAGCUUACAAGAGUGUCGAUGUUAAAGGAGAUGGUGGAGCUGGAACCGUCAGAAUUAUCACCCUUCCCGAAGGUAGCCCGAUCACCUCAAUGACGGUUAGAACUGAUGCAGUCAACAAGGAGGCCUUGACAUACGACUCCACCGUUAUUGAUGGAGACAUCCUUUUAGGCUUCAUCGAAUCCAUUGAAACCCAUCUUGUCGUUGUGCCAACUGCUGACGGGGGUAGCAUUACCAAGACCACGGCCAUAUUCCACACUAAAGGUGAUGCCGUCGUUCCUGAAGAGAACAUCAAGUUUGCAGAUGCUCAGAACACCGCUCUCUUCAAAGCUAUCGAGGCCUACCUCAUUGCUAACUAAGCUGAACUUUCCACCGUGUUUUAAUAAUCUGUCGUUUUUAAAUUUAUGGGAAGAGCGCCAAAGAUGCCUCAACUUCAUAAUUUUAUGAGCGGGCGAUAGAAUUGCAACUUUUUCUUUGUACUCUGUUUUAAUGAGCAAUUUCAUUUGGUAACAAUAUGUGUAAUCUUUUUAAAUAAAAUAUAGUACCGACAUUAAUGUAAUCUUUCUGGAUCA